AUGCUGACACAGCUCCAGUCGCGGAAAUCAUCGGAGAUUAUUUUCAACCGCUCAAGGAGGUUCCAAGUGGUUGUUAAGGGAGCAACUGCGCCAGGAUUAAAUGACGAAGCCGCUGUCCAAGAGAUAUUGAAUACCGAGGAGCUCAUGGCAGGAGAAGCUGUUUCGGAUGAGGACAAAACUGAGAAGGCCGCCCCAGUCCAACUUUCGUCUGCCGAGCAACCGGAGAUUGCCGAGGAGAUAGAGAUCACUGACGCCGCUAUUGGAUCUACACCGGUGGCUGACAUCGACCGUCGCAUUCGAUCUCGUUGGAGAAAAUACUCGGAUAAGGAUUUCGUUUGCCAAAAACCCACUGGACCACCAAAGAAGCGCUUGAAGAAGAACUAA